CUUGACGCAGGUGUUGUGUUUGUCGCGGUUAAGUCUUAAUUUUUACGUGAAAUGAUUUUCCCUUUAAGUGACGACAGCCAUGACUGAACUGACGGAAAACAGUUUUCUCGGCGGAGCUACGGAGUCGGAGGAGUCCGUCACAGCGGCCGGUAAAGACGAAACUUCCCUCACAGAAGCUUUGGAAAACACUCUGGACAUUUCACAGGAUGUUAAACUGACAGAAUCUGCAGCCUCAGAGGAGACAGACAGCGGAGAGAAGCCGCUGCAGGAAGACAGACAGCAGGAAGGACAGAGAGACAGACAGCAGGACGGACAGAGAGACAGACAGCAGGACGGACAGAGAGACAGACAGCAGGGCGGACAGAGUGGCAGACAGCAGGACGGAGGGAAUGACAGACAGCAGGAUGGAGGGAAUGACAGACAGCAGGAUGGAGAGACUGCCUCUCCACCUGUAGCUGAGUCCUCCAGUGCAGAGUCAAAGUGGGUGGUGGGUGCUAAGUGCCGGGCGGUGUGGUUAGAGGACGGGCGGGUGUACCCGGCAACUCUGGUGUCUCUGGACGGAGAGCGCUGCAGAGUUCGUUUCAGCGGCUACGGCAACCAGCAGGACAUGGAUCUGAGCGCGCUCAAAGGUCCAGAAGCUGUUGUGCAAACACAGAGACAAAACUCUCAGGAGUGGAAACCUGGUUCUCGCUGUCGAGCCGUGUACUCAGAGGAUGGUCUGGUUUAUCCGGCUGUCAUUCUGUGGGUCAAAGGUCAGCGCUGCUGCGUUCGCUUCAAUGACUACAACAAUGAGGAGGAACAGGACGUCAGCAGCCUGCUGAGCCCCGAUGAGCUCCACGGACCCAGCAGAGCCUCCGCAGCUAAGGGCAGCAGCUGGAAGUCCAGUGUAACCAGCAGUAACGUGGAGUGGAAGAGGAGCAGAAGAGAGGAGAGGCAGCAGGGGGAGAGAGGAGAGAGGAGGAGAGAGGAGAACCAUGUGGGGGACAGAGGAGGAGAGCAGGUGAAAGAGAAACUCAGCAGUAAAGUGGAGAAAGAAGCCGAAGAGAAGAAGACAGGAAACCAGCAGACAGACGGAGCGGAGAAACUGGCCAAUCACAGCUUCUGUUUCUUCCCUCCGUUUCCUCCUCCUCCUCAGUCGGGCUCAGGGGGCCCUGUGUCCUUCAUCCCUCCUCCUCCUCCUCCUCUCUGGACGUUUGCUGGGAGAGAUUCAAGCGGCUCUACUGGCGUUGAUGCCUCCUCCAGCAUGUUGAUGCUGUGGUACAUGUGUGGCUUCCACACCGGCAGCUACAUGGCUCAGCAGGUGUUCAAGUCGAGCUCCAAGGACUGAGAGCCAGAGAGAAUUAUGGGACGUGACGCAGCCGGGACGAUCCUCUUAUUGAUUCUUUUCUUUUGUUUUUUUCCAAUCAAAGUGUAUGUUUCGGUUUUGUAUAUUUUAGAGUAAUUUAAUUGUUCUUAGUUGAAUGUUUUCCUGCUGCUGCAGCGUGUAGACAUUUGUGUUCAGAGAGUUGAAGAGACGUUUGAAUGUUUCUGUUUGAUUCUGUUGAGAGUUUCAGUGUUCGGCCGAUAAAUCGUUGACAACUGUUGGAGGAUGAAGAUAUCUGGAAGAAAAAAAUGUUAUUAAACAGAAAAGGAUGAUACCUGCA